UCUAGGGUUAUAGGAGGUUGAGGUUGAGGUUGAGGAAGUGACAGAGAGCAAAUUUGGUCAAGUCAUUUUUCUCAUCUAUAAAAUCUAGGGUUUCUUAGAUUUUCAUUUCCAAGAGAAAUUUCAAAAAAUUCCCAGUAAAAUCUUGUUUUUUCUCUUUACAUCAACUUGAGCUUUCCCAUACCGAGAAAGAUCUUUUUCAGGCUUCUUUUUGAGUAAUAUGUUUGUCCUAAUUUGAUUAGAUUUUUAAGUUACUCCCUUUCUAUUUUUAGAAACCUUUUUCUCAUCUGGGUCUUUUGGUUCUUUGGUUGUUGACCAUCGAAAUCUGUUUGAGUUCAGACAGUUUACUCUUUUCUGGGUUUGUCUUCUAGGAUUCAUUGUUUCCUUUUGGUUGUAGGAGAACCAACUGCUACUGUGAGAUUAAUAUGGUGAGAGGGAAAACUCAGAUGAAGAGAAUAGAAAAUGCAUCAAGCAGGCAAGUAACGUUUUCAAAGAGAAGAAAUGGAUUGCUCAAAAAGGCCUUUGAGCUAUCAGUUCUCUGCGAUGCUGAAGUUGCACUCAUCAUCUUCUCUCCCAGAGGGAAGCUAUAUGAGUUUUCUAGUGCUUGUAUGAACAAAAUUAUAGACCGGUAUCAGAAGAAAGAGAAGGAUCUUGGAAUCGGCAGCAAAGGGGUAGAGCAAAAUAUGCAGAACGUAAAGGAGGAUGCUCACAGCAUGGCAAAGAAGAUCGAAUUUCUUGAAGAUUCUAAAAGAAAACUCUUGGGAAAUGGAUUGGAACCAUGUUCUCUUAAUGACCUACAAGUGUUAGAAAACCAGUUGGAGCGAAGCUUAAGCAAAAUUAGGGCUAGAAAGAAUCAAUUAUUUUGGGAGCAGAUUGAGAAGCUAAAGGGAGAGGAGAGACGCCUUGAAGAAGAAAAUGCAAAGCUGAGAGGACAGUGUGGGGUGCGACCGCGACAAUCGUCAACAAGCCUAUCGGAUCAUGAACUGCAAACCCAGAGCAUAGAGGUGGAGACGGAAUUGUUUAUAGGACCGCCGGAGACAAGAAUUAUCCAAAAACCUUAGUGCUAAAUAUUAAUUGGUGAUCAAUAAAGCUUCAAAAAUAACUUUCAGAAAGUUCAGAUCAGAGCUGCCUUUUUCUUGCUUUUUCAUCUUGAGUUGUGAUGAAAAAUGAAUUGUGAAUAUAUUAUAUGUAGUCGUACUUAUGACAAAAAGGGAUUGAGCUACAAUAAUAUUUGUGUGAUUAAUAGUAAGAUUUCAU